GGUGAGGGAGGGGUGAGGCAAAGACUGUUGGUAUGUCGGGCCAUUUCCUUGUCAAACUCAUUUGAGAAAGCAGAGAAUUUCAGAUCAGAAUCGAGCAAAGAAAAGAAAAAAAGGAAGAUGGUGAGGAAGACGUUCGUGUGUGAUGAGUCCAUGAUCAUCACUAUUCCCAUCGGAGGUCUCGGUCUUCGGGAGGAUCAGCUGAUGCCAGAAAAAUUCCACUGUGUGUUCAAAGACUCCUACAAGCUCUUUGUUAUCAGGGGGAAACCUAGACCUCUCGGAGCAGCUCAAACCAUUGCUGGCAUUUUUCUUUUCACUCUUGGAAUGAUUUUUACAGACGGGGUCACCAAAAUCUUCACUCUGCCAAGUAUUGUGUUUCUGGUGUCUGGCAUGCUGUCGUACGCUGCAGGGAAAUAUCCAAACAUACAUGUGGCAAAGCUGUCCUUCUCUCUGAACAUUAUCAGCUUUUUCUGGUCACUUGUGGCGUUUUCUCUCGGCAUGGCUUGGUUUUAUUCUUUGAAUUAUGGCAAAGAACCCACCAAGCUGAGUGAAGGAGUCAGAGGACUGAUAAUGAGUCUGCUGGUUGUUGAAAAUUUCAUAGCCCUAUUCUUGAUCUACUGGUUGAGUAAAGCUGUGUGCAGGCCACAUUUCAACACUCUGCCCACCAUACUGCUGAAACGGGGAGACUGAAUUUGAUGCAAACCAACAACUAACCUACACGUAUGUUUACCAGCCUGCCGAUGUUAUCUACUCUGAAACAUGCAACAAAGACUGUCAAAGUUUUUGUUUCUGUGUCAGAAAUAGCUGAAAAAUACCUAAAAAGCUGCUUGUAUUUGAAAUGCAUGACUGUCCAAAUAUAAAUGAUGUCUUUCUUUUGUAGAAUUGCCUGUUUAUAACGUGUUUUUGUGUAAUUUUAUAAUAGCUGUGAUAUCGAUACGAGAGCUGUAGUCUCCAAAUGUGUUGCAGCUUAGAUUGUAUUUGAAAAGUUUGUCUUUCUAAGUUCUUUAUUAUGUGCACAGCAUUUAAAGUUGUAAAAACAUUUCGCUGGAAAUUCAGUGUUGCUCUUAUUUGGACUAAAUUUUAACUGAAUUAAAUAUAAAUUUGAAUGAAGGUGAGGCUUUUGCUACCAGGAUUUGGCAAAAUCAGUAAAAUCUUCAAAUUUUAUUUGUACAUUUUUUGAAACUUAUCCAUUUCUUACCUGACUACUUCUGUUUUAUUGGUUUUGUUUAGCACAUGCAUUGUCUCAUUGCACACCUUUUCUUGAACAUAUUAAUAAAGGCAACUGUUUUGUUUUGGUUUAA